CUAAAGGAAAUGCAUUAACACAACACAUGUCUUUUAUGUCUCUUCAAUUUUCUUCCUGAUUAUCUUGAAUCAAUAAUGAUCGAUUACAAAAAAUUACCCAGAAAUCACAAAUAAUUGUACAACAGAUAGGAAGUAAAUAGUCGAAAUCAAAAGUAAUAACCAAAAAUUGCGUAAUUGUAACAGCUUAACAAGCUCACUGAUACAGAAACAAACGGUAGCACACGCUUGGUAAGUUGCAGGGAGGCGAAAGCGUUAGCUUACACUUUCUAUAAAAAGCCGUUAUACCCGCAUCGGAGCAUCCAGUUGAGUUGUUCUCCACAUACGAUGACGAAGUUGCUGAAAAACCUUACGAUUCUUCUUUUGGCAAUUGCCGUGGUUUCUGCUGAAAAUAAUCAACAAGAACCAAAACCGGUUGAAGAACAAAAGAAAGAAAAGCGUGGGUUGGAUUUAGGUGAUUUUGGUCACGAUUUUGGGGGAGGUGAUAUUGGUGGUGGUGGUGAAGAUCAUUUUGGAGGUGGUGAUUUUGGAGGAGGUGGAGAUGAACAUGAUUUCGGUGGAGAGGAUCACGGCCAUCACGAACACGUUAAAACAGUAACAGUGUAUAAGAAGGUGCCGUAUCCAGUGGAAAAAAAUGUUCCAGUUCCAGUUGAAAAAGUGGUUCACGUUCCUAUAAAGGUCCCUGUUCCGCAACCAUAUCCGGUUGAGAAAAAAGUACCCUACCCGGUUAAAGUUCCGGUAAAAGUACCUGUUCCAAUUCACAAACCUUACCCAGUAGAAAAAAUUGAGCAUUACCCAGUCAAAGUUCACGUCGAUAAACCAUAUCCAGUUAAAGUAAUUGUCCCCCAACCAAUUCCGGUUGAGAAAAAGAUUCCAGUUCCAUACAAAGUACCAGUUCCUCACCCUUAUCCAGUAGAAAAGAAAAUCCCCGUUCCAUAUAAAGUACCCGUACACAUCCCAAAACCAUAUCCAGUCGAAAAACUUGUUCAUUAUCCAGUUAAAGUUUUAGUUGACAGGCCAUAUCACGUUCACGUCCCUAAACCUUACCCAGUACAUGUUGAGAAAAAAAUAUCUUAUCCCGUAGAAAAACCCGUCCCAUAUCCAGUAAAAGUCCAUGUUGAUAGACCCAUCCCAUACCCAGUUGAAAAACCCAUCCCUUACCCAGUAAAAGUCCCAGUUCCAGCUCCAUUCCCAGUUGAAAAGAAAGUUCCAAUUCCAAUCGAUAAAGAAGUACCUUACGCAGUCAAAAUUCCUUACGAUAACCCAGUACCUUACACAGUCAUCAAAAAAGUACCCAUUGAAGUCAUCAAAAAAGUACCUUAUCCAGUCAAAGUACCUGUAGCCGUGCCAGUACACGAAGAACAACACGAAAUCGAGUCUCAUCAUGGCGGAGGAGAAGAAGAUCAUGGUGGAUAUUAUUAA